AGUUGUGCAUUUGGUCUUGAAAUCGUAUAAGAUUAAUUAGAAAACAAUGUCUCAAUUGAAAAACAGAUCUUCACAAUGCUUAUGGACAAGUACUAGUUGCAUUUUGUUAUUAUCAAUGUCGUCGAUGACUCUUGGAGCUGUCUCUAGACAUUAUGGAGAAGCUCUCACAAAGACUCUUUUGUAUUUCGAAGCUCAACGCUCUGGAAAAUUGCCAUCAAACCAAAGAGUUAACUGGAGAGGAGACUCUGCACUUAGAGACGGUUCUGAUGCCCAUGUUGAUCUCACUGGGGGGUACUAUGACGCUGGAGACAACAUGAAGUUUGGAUUCCCAUUGGCGUUCACGACGACAAUGCUAGCAUGGAGCAGUGUUGAGAUGACAUCGCAGCUUAAGGCUCAUAAAGAGCACAAAAAAGUCCUUGCAGCUCUCAAAUGGGCCACUGACUAUCUUAUCAAAGCCCACCCAGAGUCCAAUAUUCUUUACGGACAAGUGGGAGACGGCAACUCGGACCAUGCAUGCUGGAUGAGACCCGAGGACAUGACAACUCCACGUCCUUCUUACCGCAUUGAUGCUCAGCAUCCAGGUGCUGACCUAGCCGGCGAGACAGCUGCAGCUAUGGCUGCAGCUUCUCUAGCUUUUGCACCAUAUAACGCAGCCUAUGCCAAAAAACUCAUUAGUCACGCAAAAGAUCUAUUUGAAUUCGCUAAGGCUCACCCUGGCGUCUACCAAAGCUCCAUAUCUAACGCAGGUGGCUUCUACGCGAGCAGCGGCUACGAAGAUGAGCUAUUAUGGGCCGCGGCUUGGCUCCACCGUGCCACUAAGAAACAGAUUUAUCUCAACUAUUUAAAUGAAGCAUCUAAUACCGGAGGUUCAAGGACUGUUUUUGCAUGGGAUGAUAAGUUCGUGGGUGCACAAGUCUUGAUGGCCAAGCUUGCACUUGAAGGGAAAGUAAAGAUCAACAAGAAGAUGGAAGAGUACAAGAGUAUGGCUGAGCAGUUUAUUUGCAACUGUGCUCAAAAGGGCUCCAAUAACGUUAAGAUAACUCAGGGAGGUUUGCUUUGGUUCUUGCCGUGGAACAACCUCCAAUACACCACGGCCGCUUCCUUUGUCCUCUCUGCCUAUUCAAAGUAUCUUAAAGCCGCUAAUGCAUCCAUCAAAUGUCACGGUGGAUCUCUUCAAGCUUCUGAUCUUCGUAACCUCGCUCGUGCCCAGGUAGACUACAUACUUGGCUCAAACCCCAAGAACAUGAGCUACAUGGUUGGAUUCGGAACCAAUUAUCCUAAGAGACCACACCAUAGAGGAGCCUCUAUAGUGUCGAUCAAAAAGAACAGAACCGCUGUGGAGUGCAAUGCAGGGUUCAACGAUUGGUAUCACAGUCCUGCACCAAACCCUAACGUACUAACCGGAGCACUCGUGGGAGGACCCGACGAGAACGAUGCUUACGGAGAUGAGAGGACUGAUUUCCAGCACAGUGAGCCUGUGCCAGCCACCGUUGCUCCAUUUGUUGGUGUUUUGGCCGCCAUUGCUUGA